GCUCCGCCCCCCGCCCCCGCCUGGGCCCUUUUCCUGCGGGCGGUUUGCUGGCUGCUGGCGUCGGGGAGGCGCCUACUACGGCGCAGGCACCGUCCUAAGCGCCGGGAUCGCGCCCACCAUGUCCGACCCCAUCACCCUGAACGUCGGCGGGAAGCUGUACACCACGUCCCUGUCCACGCUGACCAGCUUCCCGGACUCCAUGCUGGGCGCCAUGUUCGGCGGGAAGCUGCCCACCAAGAAGGACAGCCAGGGCCACUGCUUCAUCGACCGCGACGGGAAGGUCUUCCGCCACGUCCUCAACUUCCUGCGCACCUCGCACCUGGACCUCCCCGAGGACUUCCAGGAAAUGGCCCUGCUGCGGCGGGAGGCCGACUUCUACCAGGUGCAGCCGCUGAUCGCGGCCCUCCAGGAGAAGGAGGUGGCCCUGUCCAAGGCGGAGAAGAACGCCAUGCUCAACAUCACCCUGAACCAGCGGGUGCAGACGGUGCAUUUCACGGUGCGCGAGGCCCCCCAGAUCUACAGCCUCUCCUCCUCCAACAUGGAGGUCUUCAACGCCAACAUCUUCAGCACCUCCUGCCUCUUCCUCAAGCUGCUGGGCUCCAAGCUGUACUACUGCUUCAACGGCAACCUGUCGUCCAUCUCCAGCCAGCUGCAGGACCCCAACCACCUGACGCUGGACUGGGUGGCCAGCGUGGACGGCCUGCCCGAGGAGGAGUACACCAGGCAGAACCUCAAGAGGCUGUGGGUGGUGCCGGCCAACAAGCAGAUCAACAGCUUUCGGGUCUUCGUGGAGGAAGUGCUCAAGAUCGCCCUGAGCGACGGCUUCUGCGUCGACUCCUCCCACCCGCCCGGCUCCGAUUUCAUGAACAAUAAGAUCCUCCGGCUGAUCCGGUACCGAUAGGCGGGGGCCCCCGGGCCUCCCCGUGCGGACGUCCACUCGCACUCGCCUCCGGUCGCCGGGCCGGGGUCCGUUCUCUUCCUUUCCCUGAACGCGGUCCUCGCCACGAUGUCCUCGGCGCCGCGGGGCCGGGGGCGGUGGGGGCGGAAGGGGAAUGGACGGCCCGCCGUAGGCUAGCGAACGGGCGCGUAGGGCCGUGGGGUUGGAGCAGUCUUCGGCGGGAUGGGGUGUCAGAUGGGCGCCCGAAGCCAGUAGACCGCUUCGAGGUCAAACCCUGAGGAAACUUGCAGGUGGAUGGGGUUUUUUGACGCCUCCUUCGCUCCCACGUGCCCGGAAGGCCCCGGAGGAGAUCCAGAUUGGUGUCGGCGGGGAGCUGCCCCGGGGGGCCCUUCUGCCUCGGCCGUACCAAGGCGCUACCCCCAUCCCCAAGGGUGACUUGUCGGGAGGAUUAGCUUGGAGACGCCGCCAAGCGCUUUGGCUGCCCGGGCGAAAGGCCGGACAGGCGGCGGUGCUCCCGGGACCCGGCCCCUGGACCAAACGGGCCAGCCACCUCCGGAAAGAGGCCCUCCGGCAUCCUGUGGGGAGGCCGUAUGGCCUAAUGGAAAGAACCGGGAUUGGAAGUACUCGGUGUCUCACCCCACCUCCGCCUCUGCCCGUCUAAGGCGCCGGGAGCAGUCACUGAACCUCCCGGUCCACGAGCCUCUCGCUGCUCUCCCUACUUCUUAGUUGGGAAGCGACACGGGGGCAGCAGGGACAGGCUGAGCCGACGGGUCAGUCGAUGGUAUUUAUUGAGCGCUUCCUGGGUGCAGAGCACUGUACUGAGGACUUGGGAGAGUACAACAGAGUUAGUCCGUGGUGAGCAGUUCCCGAUUGCCGUCAUCAGUUUUUAAAACUCACCGGCCUUCCCCGGGCAAAGGCAGAGCGCCGUUUUAGCUGCCGGGGGCCACCGGGUUGGGCGAGCGGAGGGAGAGAUAGCGGUCCGGGGCCACGAGGCUCCUGCCGUUCCUCUGCCCCGGGGGCCGUUCUCCGGGUUUGCUUCUCCACGUGAAAUAAAUUUCCUUUUCUCUGCGG